ACUUUGUCAUUGUACUUCCGCGCCAUAACAUCCUCGACGCUAGUUCAGGUUCCACACAUAUGCACCAACAGCCUGGUUUCAGGACGAAUUGUCCCCAGUAACUUCUCAUAGCCUCCUUGCUACGCACAGCUUCUCUAAUCUUCUUCUUCCCAUCUUGCAUCUGACACGAACCAAUCAGGUCGAAUACCCAAUUGAGAAUGUCUCCCUUCUUCCUCAGAGUGCAACUGUACACGCAACUCUGCUUCCAAGCCGGCUUCUCUUUUCCCGCUCUGCAUGCUUACGCCGCGUGGUGCAGGAACAACAGAUGAUCAUUCAAUCAAGAAUCAAGAUACGAUGAUCACCAUCCACAGUCUGCUGCACCCAUUUACAUACACGUCUCUUUUAUCACCUUAUUCAGUACCAAAUCUAUUGGGAUUCCCCGAUUUAAGCGCAAGGAGCUCGGGUACCGAUUUGCUCGAGAUACACUCUAUGCACGCUUGGAUCCCCUUGAUGCUUCGUGUCCUGAAUCCUUUAGUUCCUUGAUUCCCUUGCGGCGUUGCCAAAGGAUCAGGACUCCCGACCCGGAUGAGGCUUCGUAGGUGCCUUGCCGCCAUCGUUCUUGUUCUUGCCUAUACAGGACGCUGGAUCAGUUGGGAGACCCCUGGUCUCAGGUCCGAAUCGGAAUCCGGUAUCAUGGAGCCACGGAAGGGUGCCUCAGACUCUCGAUGCGGUCAUUUCCUGGUUGUUCAUCGAUGUUUCUUCCGUCAUUGGGCCUUACUGCAUCGGAGCUCUUCUGCGUGCCGUGUGGGCACCGUACCGUUGCAUGGGUCGGGAAGACAGAAAUGGCAUUGUAUUCGCUGUUUCAUUUUCACGUUGCAGCUCCGAUCCUCUGUCCCUCGAUGCUUGGCUUGGCUACAAUGUUGUCUAUAUGCUUUUUUCCGUUCCUUAAAAUUCGAUAUAUGCGAUCGAUAUGAGGCCUCACGAGAUCAAGAAGGCCGCGCGAUGACCAUCGUCCUCGGAACGCCUUUUUCAUAUCCACAUGCCGGCGGAACUCAACGUCAAUUGCAAACACCCCAUAUUCUUGGUUCUGUCUCAAGUUUUGGCCAUCCUCGCGGGAGGGUGCCUCGGGCUGUCCGCCACUGGAUACUGGUCGUCUCUGGUACCAGGCGACAAAUGAAAUCGGCGGACGUGUCAUGUCGCCUAUUACCUUAUAUUGACCAACUGUCAAUACGGAGCCUAGUAACCAAGCAUUUAGCUGCAUCGUAUGCAUGUGGACGGAAGCGUUUAGCAGGAGCUGCGGGUUUUGCUUCCACGUUUCAUCUCCACGCACGCACUUCCACCUGGCAUUAAGUGCCUUGAGCUUGUUCACAAGAUCUUGGUACUGACACCACCAUGCGGAAGGAAUGCUUGGGAUAGAGAGACCCGCUACCAGAUGGAGGAUAACGAAUUUGUCAAACCAUAAUAAUGACAGCCGAACACGAUUUAACCACAUGUUCCACUACAUUGUCCAAGCGUUCCCGUAGGCGUUCCUUUCUCUCGUUCAUUUCCACUGUACCUGUGUCAAGUCUAAAGUUCUAAUGGACGAAACGCACUUCUUGACACCUCUUCUCUCCCCCAACCACAUACCUUUCGUACUACUAACUGCUUCGAUAAUCCAAUAAACAUAAUCUGCCCUU